AUGGCGGGCAUCCUGUUUGAGGAUAUUUUUGAUGUGAAAGACAUUGAACCAGAGGGUAAAAAGUUUGACCUAGUAUCUCUACUGCAUUGUGAGAGUGAAUCUUUCAAGAAGGACCUCAUUUUAGAUGUAAACAUUCAGAUUUACCCUGUGGACUUGGGUGACAAGUUCCAAUUGGUCAUAGCAAGUACCUUGUAUGAAGUUGGUACCCUGGAUGAUGGGGAAUACAAUCCCACAGAUGUCAAACCUUCCAGGGCUGACCAGUUUGAGUAUGUAAUGUACAGGAAGGUGUACAAGAUUGAGGGGGAUGAAAUGUCUACUGAAGCAGCAACACACCUCUCUGCCUACAUGUCCUAUGGUGGCCUGCUCAUGAAACUGCAGGGUGACACCAACAACCUGCAUGGAUUUGAGGUGGAUUCCAGAGUUUAUCUGCUGAUGAAGAAACUGGCCUUCUGA